GCCAGAGGGCUACUGUUCACCGGGGAUCUCCUUCAAUCUGUUCAACCUAGCGGCGGCAACUCUAUCCGUCUUUCUUCCUCUCUUCUUCUCCUCCCCUAAUCUUCUUUUCUUUCUUCUUCUUCAUUUUUGGUUCCACCCUCUUCUGCUCCACCACCUCUGUAGGUCACAACAGCGGUAGUUUCUUUUUUCUCUCUGGCUUCUCCUCUCCUCUUUCUUCCUCCCCAACUCUCUCUCCGUAUCUUUUGUUCCACGAUCACCGCCGCUGCAACUUCUGGCAACGGCGGCAUUCCCUUGAUCGCCACCUCUCUAAUUAGCCCUUCUCUCAUUUUCUCCCCUUUGUCUCUAUUCCUCUCAUUCUCCCUCCUCCUCUCUUUCUCACCAGCCAGCACCCACGUACUGUUCGUCUUCAAGUUCUCGACACUAAGAGAGUGGCGGCAAGCUUCUUCCCAAGUUCUUCUUCUUCCAGUACAGGUCAUCCCUCCACUGCAACUCAUCUCCCCACCUGAAAUCCCCCUCUCUCUAUUCUUUUUAUUCUUUGUAAUUUUUUUUACUGUUUUCUUUUUCCUUCUAUUCCCCUGUGAAACCGCCGCUACCACAGCAACGAUUGGAUUGUCAGAACUGAAUCAGUCCGUCACCUCUUCCCCAAUCUCUCUCAUCUUCUCCUCUGUCUCUCAUUCAUCUGGACCUUCUCUCCCUCACUCCAUUCUCUUCCUUUUUUUUUUCUUUCAUUCCCCCUCUCUAUUCACCGCUGCAACAACCUAGACAGAGCACACCCCUCCAAGGCUCCUUUAUCUCUGGCCAAUCUCUGUAUCCAAUGAGAAUCCAAGGUGUCAACCGGGAAGAGUAACAUCUCAGCUCUAGUUCGCAACCCGUUUCAGGCUUCGUGGCGAUUGGAAAGGGCCCACCAUCGAUGAACCAACCAUGAUCCCCUGGUAUUCCAUUCAUACACAUGCAGUUAUCUAUCCAAUAUCAACUGCGUGGCUCUGAAUUCUGAUUCGAAGGCAACAUUCAAAGCGAACUUCUCCGGUUUUUGGUUUUAACUCCAUUAGCUUCGCAUGGGUGAGAUGGAUUCUUUCUAUAUUCCAUAGUCAGAAUGUUUUCUGAAGAUCUCUUGCUUUUGUCAACCUUGGUUGAAUGAAACACAGGGAGUUCAUCUCCCAUCUCUUUGAGUCAUGCAAGGAUGUUAGAUCUAUUGUGCAACUCCACUCUCAUAUCCUCAAAAGUGGGCUCCUCCAUGACAGCUUCUUCGCCACUAAACUAAGCACCUAUUAUGCCAAGUACACCUCCGUUGCUGCUGCACGGAAAUUAUUUGACGAAACCCCUCAACAAACCAUCUAUUUGUGGAACUCUGUACUCAGGGCCUACUCCAGGGAAAAGCAAUGGCAAGAAACAUUACAUCUCUUCCUUUGCAUGAUGUCAACAGCUAUUACCAUAGACCAAAAGCCCGACAAUUUCACGGUACCCAUUGCUUUAAAGGCCUGUGCAGGAUUAUUGGCUCUCAAGACUGGCCAGACGAUCCAUGGGUUGGUUAAGAAGAUCGAUUGUGUUGAUUCAGAUAUGUUUGUAGGUGUUGCUCUGAUUGAGUUGUAUGCGAAAUGUGGAAAAAUGGAUGAUGCUCUACGAGUGUUUCAGGACUAUCCUCAACCUGAUGUUGUUUUAUGGACUUCUAUGGUUACUGGGUAUCAGCAGAACGGUCAUGCAGAGGGGGCUCUGUCAUUCUUCACCCGGAUGGUAGUGUCGGAAGGUGCGACUCCUGAUCCAGUGACACUUGUUAGUGUCACUUCUGCUUGUGCAGAGUUGAUGAAUCUCAAGUUGGGAAGAUGUAUUCAUGGAUUUUCAAUUAAAAGAGGGUGGGGUAUUGAUUUAUCUCUAGUUAAUUCCUUGUUGAAUUUAUAUGCAAAGACUGCUUCUGUAAAUAGUGCUAGGAAUCUGUUCAACAUGAUGCCUGAGAAGGAUCUUAUUUCUUGGAGCUCUAUGGUUGCUUGUUAUGCUCAGAAUGCAAAGGCCAUUGAAGCUUUGAAUCUCUUCAAUGAAAUGAUUGAGAAGAAGCUAGAACCCAAUUCAGUCACUAUGGUUAGUGCUCUACAAGCAUGUGCAACAUCUUUCCAUUUAAAAGAAGGAAGGAGGAUCCAUGAGCUUGCUAUUCAGAAGGGUUGUGAGUUAGAUAUUAUGGUAUCUACGGCUUUGCUGGAUAUGUACAUGAAGUGUUCAUGUCUUGGUGAUGCAAUUAAACUGUUCAAAAGAAUGCCCAACAAGGAUGUGGUUUCUUGGGCCACUUUGAUAAGUGGGUAUGCUUGGAAUGGACUGGCAAAUGAGUCUGUAAGAGUUUUCCGUAGUAUGUUGUGCAAUAAUACUUGGCCAGAUGCUGUUGCUAUGGUGAAGCUUCUGAGUGCUUGUUCAGACAUGGGAAUUCUCCUGCAGGCUCUGUGCCUUCAUGGUUACCUGAUUAGGAGUGGAUUUGAUAAAAAAGCUUUUGUGGGGGCUGCACUCAUAGAAUUAUAUUGCAAAUGUGGCAGCUUGGACAGUGCCAUCAAGGUUUUCAAGGGCAUGGGUGAAAGAGAUGUUGUUGUCUGGAGUUCAAUGAUUGCAGGUUAUGGAAUUCAUGGCAAAGGAAGAGAAGCCCUUCAAACACUUGAUCAGAUGAUUGAGGCCUCGUUACUUCAGCCUAACCAUGUUACAUUCCUUUCAAUCUUAUCUGCUUGUAGUCAUGCCAAUUUGGUGGAAGAGGGGAUUGAGAUUUUCAAUAAAAUGGUACAAGAAUACAAGAUCCAGCCAAAUUCAGAACAUUACAGUGUUAUGGUUGAUCUUCUAGGACGUUCUGGGGAAUUGGAUAAAGCCAUGAAUCUUAUUAAUCAGAUGCCAGUUCCAGCAAGUCCCCAUGUUUGGGGGGCCUUGCUUGGUGCUUGUAGGAUUCACCAUAAUGUUGAGCUAGGGGAGACUGCUGCUAAAAAUCUCUUCCAAUUAGAUCCAAAUCAUGCUGGCUAUUAUGUGUUAUUGUCUAACAUAUAUGCAGACGAUGGAAAUUGGGAUAAUGUUGAAGUGAUUAGAACUCUAAUUAAGGGAAGAAGGUUGAAGGGGUUGCCAGGUUAUAGUUCCAUUGUGGUUGGAAGCAAGGUCCAUACUUUCUUAGCUGCUGAUAGAUCCCAUCCAGAAUCUGAGUGCAUAUAUCUGUUGUUGAGGAAGUUGGAGGUGGAAAUGAGAGGUGAAGGUUUUGUACAAUUAUCCCAAAAGAAAGAUUGCAAGGAAGGAAUGUCAAUGGAGUGGUAAAUCGGGUAACCAUCCCCACUCUCCAAUCACCCCUACUGGGAUGAGUUUGCAAUGGUCCUAAAUGAAUUAGUAUUAGGUUUGGGUCUUCUAAUGUCAAUUCACGAUGGGUUCAGAUCAUUUUGUAUCACAUUCUUAGAUUGCCAUGCUCCAUUGCUACAUAGAUAUCAAGGCUUAUAUAUACUACUCAAAUCAACUCAACUAAGCCUUGUCCCAACUAUAUGGGCUCUGCUAUUUGAAGUGUGUUAAAGCAACAUAGUGCAUAUAACAAAAUAAAAUCAUAUACUAUUAUUUUAAAUAAUUAGUGGUAAAGAAUAACAUAUGAAGCUUUAAAAUAAUUUUGUCUUACUAGUUGUUAAAUACCUAGUUGAUUCUUAGUUUUCUCAGGCUACCACACUAUGAGCAUUGACUGGCUUGUUAAUGAUGUAGUUGGUCCGUUCUCAGCUGAUUAGUUAUUUUUUUGAUAAAUGCUCUCAGCUGAUUAGUUGGUUAACUAGUUGAUGACUAGUUGGCCUUUUAGUAACACAGGUUGAAUUACAACUCAAGUUUUUCUUUCCUUAUACCCCACUGUAUUAUUCCACUCCUAUUUUUCAUUGGCACCUCCCCACCUCUCUCUCUCUCUCUUGAUCAACAACUCAAAAAAAUUUAUUAAAACUUAAAGAAAAAGAGAUUACAAGUUGUUAGGAACAAAACCCUUCACAACCAAAAAGACCCACCACCCUUUCAACAUUGAGCCCAAAACAAGUGAUGUCUAUAUACUCCUUGCUUAGCUAAUCCAUUCGCCAACCCAUUAGCGGACCUCCUAACCCAUCUUACAUGAAUUUGCAAUUGUCUUGAUAGCAACUUGAACUGCCUGAAUUCAUUUCUGAAUUGCCAUAAUACGCCUUCUCCUUUUUUCAACCAAUCAAUGACUAUUUUUGAAUUUUGAGUCCCCUUGUACAAUCAGCCUUGUGAUUCCCAUUUCCUUAGCCUUUUGCACCCCAACAAUAACAGCCAUGAAUUCAGCCCUCACUGAAUCACUCUGAUCCAUAGUCCCCAAAAACAAUCCACAAAUGUUCCCACUCCCAUUUUGAAUCACCCCUCCAAUUCCGUAGGGUCCCGGAUUGCCAAAACCACUUCUAUCAAAAUUAAAUUUCAUCCCACCAAUUGGGGGAGGCCAUACCUCCAGGAACUUUUAUUUCCUAGAGGAAGAAAGAGCAAAUGGCUCCUAGUUUUGAAAAAUGUCUUCCACUGGAAAAUCUGACAAUAGAUUUUAAGUCUUUACCCAGUGAGCUACUCUUACUGUAAUAGUCUCUGAGAUUGCCUCCUUACUUCUCUCUCUCUCUCUCUCUCUCUCUCUUUCUCUCUCUCUCUUUCACACAUACACACGCACAUCACCCCCAACCUCCACAUUGUGAUGGUACAAGGUACAAUGAUAGCAUGCACCUACAUUCAGACUUUCACAAAUCCAUGUGAGACUGGUAUGGGAAGUUGGUUGCCAACUUAUAUGGACCCCAUGCAAUAUACAAAAGAUUCAAUCUCAAUUACUUCUUCAAAAAAUAUUUCUUCUAGUUUAAUUGUUCAAUAAAAUAAAUAUAUUAUAGAUCUCAAAUGAGAUAUUUUUAUCCUCUAUAUAAUAUCAUGUAGACACUCUUUUGAGCAUUAAUUGAAAGAAUGAAUGAGAUUGUGCUUACUCUUGUCAUCUUGUGUUUGAUGCUGACUCCAAGCUUAUAAAGGUGCUCACUCCUAGAGAAACCUAGUGGUGUGAAAUACAUUAUGCUCUAUCUUUGUUCUAAUAGCUGAUAUUAUAUAAUUUGUAUUUUUGUAUGUAGAUAUUGCUAUUAUAGAAUCUCUAUAUAUGAAUAUAUACAUAUAUUUUUUAUUCAUUGUUGACCUUUUGUUCUCACCUUGUCUUUAUGAUGCAUGUUUCUCCUUAUUUUUCAAUUUUAUUCUUGCACCAUCUCUCUUUUUUUCUUUGUCGUUUCAGUUAUUAAAGCUUCUGCAAUCCUUUCAUGACCAAUACUUUUGAUACUCUUAAUUUUUCCAACUCUUAUGAGACUUUGCAACCUAUAGGCAUGAUUCUAAUAAUCUUUUGCCACCUAUCAGUUAGUCCUCUCUUUUAUUUAAUUUUGGAAACUACUCUAAGUUUUGUCCAUAUGCUCUUGCUGGGAGCAUUUAAAGCUAAAUCUCAAAGCAAACAAGCUGAGGGGCCUUCUGGCCUGUUCCCAGCUUGAUAUAGAUCAUUCCAGCCAGUCAGCCACUGUUUUUACUUAUUGCUUGGAGGUCUGACAUCAUACUACCUCUUCUUUCUAUGUUGGGAAAUGAAAACUUAUUGCUUGCAGGUUGCUCGAAGUUGCAGGUUGUGAGUACGGAAGAAGAAGAAGAAGAAGAAGAAGAAGAAGAAGAAGAAGAAGAAGAAGAAGAAGAAGAAACAGAGUAGAGCUUCUUCGCAGUUUGCACUUAGCAGAGUCUCAAUAGUAGCAAUGAACAGCAUCAGCAUGGCAUCUCCUAUCUAUUUAAGAAGAGAAGAACAAGAAUAUCAGAUAGCAUAGACAGGAAGAAAGAAAACUAUCUCCCAAAGAUCUAUAAAUCAUUUCUCAUUCCAGGCACUAUGCCACCAACAAUGGAAGUUCAACUCCUUGCCACACUCAUCAACUUGUUUUCUCUCCUGCUACUUGCACCUACUAUAGCCUGGGUUCUAGUAGAGUCAAAAGGGUUACAAGGAAGCUCCUUGUCUGUUGAGAAAGAAAGCGAUUUCUUGACUUCACCAGAGGGUACUUUCUCAAGUGGAUUUCACAGGGUGGGUAACAAUGCCUAUUGUUACUCAAUCUAGUUCACAAACUAAAACAAUUGUAUGGAUGGCAAACAGAGACCAGCCAGUGAAUGGGAAGCGUUCCAAGUUAAUCCUUCGCAAAAAUGGCAUCUUGGUAUUAACCGAUGCAGACAAUUCAGUGAUUUGGUCGUCUAGCACAUUUUCGGAGGAAGAUGUGGAAGUGCAACUUCUUGAAACAGGAAAUCUGGUCAUCAUCAACCAAGUUCAUGGGAUGAUCAUUUGGGAGAGCUUCAAUUUUCCCAGACACUCUUCUUCCUUCCCAGUCGCUCACCAAGAAUAAAACCUUGAUCUCUAUGAGAAGUCAAGGUAUAUACUCAUCUGGCUGUUACAACUUAUACUGAUGACAACAACAUACUAAAUCUUAUCUACAACGGGCCUCAAUUUUCUAGUGUGUAUUGGCCCAGUAUAGCUUCAACAGUCUUCUCAAAUGGCAGAAGUUCUUACAAUAGCUCCAGGGUAGCAUUCUUAAACGAGAAGGGUCGGUUUAGAUCAAGUGAUAACUUGAAAUUCAAUGCAUCUGACUAUGGUUUGGGCCCCAAACGAAGACUAACAUUAGAUUAUGAUGGAAUCUUGAGAAUGUAUACCCUAGAUGAGUGGACUGGACAUUGGAAAAUUUCAUGGUUACCCAGUAGUGUGAAAGCAUACCAAGUUCAUGAACUGUGUGGUUAAAUGGUAUCUGUAGUUAUUCCCCAUUUCCUACUUGCAAAUGCCCAGAAGGUUUCAACAUUGGCUGACCCUUCUGACUGGUCCAAAGGUUGCUCUCCUCUGUUUAACCUGACCUCUAAUCCAGCUGAGUUGGAUUUCAUGGAGCUUCAUCACACUGAUUACUAUGGGUAUGACUUAAGCAACUAUGGUAUCAAUAUUACCUUUGAAACAUGCAUGAAUGCCUGCCUGAGUAAAUGCAAGGGUUUUGGAUAUGCAUUGGAUGACAAGGGCAAUGCUUUCCCAAAAGCAUUUUAUUAAAUGGGUAUCAUAUGCCCAACACUGCCACUACCAUGUAUAUCAAGAUCCCAAGAGGAAUGAAGAUCACUCAGUCAGACCCUGAAAUGUUCAAAACAUAUCUUAUGAACUGUUCAGCUAAGGAGAUCAUAAUCAGAAAUUAUGCUAGAGAAGGAGGUACAGACAAAAACUCGUACAUGAAAUACUUAAUCGGGUGCAUUGCUGCUCUUGCAAUUGUAGAAAUUGUCUGUAUGGGUCUAGGGUGGUGGUAUGCUUAUCAUAGAAACGAUAUAAA